UGUGCCACCGCUCUGCUUCCUCUCGCGCUCACACUUCGAGAUACAUUCUUGUUAUUUUUUUUCUUUGUUUUUCUUUUUUUUUUGUAGUUUUUUUCGCGCGGCCAUUGCACAUCGAAUGUUUGUUUCUUGCACAAUCGCGGAGCGAGAAGCUAGCAUCUCCUCUCGGGCUCGCUCGAUGCCGAGUAAUCCAAGGGAUGACGCUGCCUAUAUCGUCGCCCAAUGAAUGAGGCGCGCGAGGCCGGCGGGCUGUUGUAAAUAUCGUUUCUCGCGGCGUCACAUGCAAAUCCCGGCCUAUUUUAUCGGCCUUUCCCCGCCGCUGAAACGUCGAUUUCCAGCGCGGACGCCCCCACGUUCCGCUCGCGAGCGCGCUAACGCACUAUAUCGAGACGAAAGCAAUCUCGCGCGCGCCGAAGGAAUCUCUCGGCAUUUGCUAAUGGGAAAAAGAAGAAAACAAAAUGUCGACGUCGAUUCGCGACGGUGAAAUUGUCGCCGCGCCUCGGACAAUGGAAUUUUAGAACGGCCAGACGCAACGCGAUUGCCAGUGCUUUUAUCGAUCGCGCACGCGAAGAUAGCGCUUAUCGAGCCGAAGAUAAGCGCACGAAAAAAAAAAAAGAAGAAGGAACUCGUCCGAGGCAAGAUUACGCGGGCCGACGACCAGGUGUUGGACGAGGAUGACGGAAAGAUGCGGAACGAGGAGGUGCCCGAUUCUCAGCGGUUUCUCGCUGCCGAGCAGAGUGGAACAGUGUUCACAGUGGAGAAUCACCAAGUGGUGACGGACGAUGGCCUCACGUUGCCGCCAAUACACACCGAGCCGAGCGUCGUCACAAUUCAACCUUUCAGGUCGACAGAGGAGGUUCGGAUAAGUCGUCCAAUCAGCACUGUAGACUGGGUCUCGACGCCGCGAUCGCAGCUCAGCCUCUUCUCCGGCACUUACUUCUUGUCGAGCAUCGACCAGCUCGAGAUUCAACAAGUUGUCGAGCUCAGCUCGCUGCUGGGUCGCUCGAAGAACGGCGCGCAGUACCGAGUUCGAGUACCUCGGGCCGAGACGGUCUUCUUGGCCGUCGAGGAAUCAGCAGAAUGUGAGCGUCAGCUAUUACGUUCCUCUCGCCGCCUCACUCUCAAUAUCAUGGAUCCAUCGGGCGAAACUGCUUACGUGAUCAACAAGGGCCUCAGCUGGGGAUGCUUGCCUGGCUUCCUCCACAGCGUGACGAUCCAAGCUGCCGAGUAUCUGGGCAGCGUCGAGCAAAAUCUCACCGUUUUCGGAAUAAGUUUCACCGUUUACGACGAGAACAGAGACUCACUUUGCUACAUCGAGGGACCUAACGUCUACUCUUGCUGUAUGUCCACCGAAACGCAAUUUCAGAUAGUCUCGAUGGACAGAAGCCGACAGAUAGCAUCACUCAUACGGCACUGGGAUAACGUGCUGGUGGACUAUUCGGUGCUGCUGACCUUCAUCCCGGAAAUGGGCGUCAAGCUCAAAGGACUACUACUCGGGGCGGCGUUCCUUCUGGAAUUUUUAUUUUUUGAACAACAGAGAAGAUAAGAUAUACCUACAUAAUUAUCUUGUUAUGUCGCCGUAGGCUUUGAAGUCUUUUGUUUAUUUAAUAAUAUAUCUUUUUCAUACUUUGUUCGUCGAACGCCGCUCGAACAAAAAGCAAACAUAUUUGACCUGUCGAAUUAAAGCUGCAUCGUUAUUUGUUUCAACCGGCAUUUUGUACAAGCGUAAUAUACUGCAAUAAAGAAAG